GUCUCCUGCCAAGUACACAUCAAACAUCUGUAGUGAGGACACUUUGGGAGCAAAGUGUGUGGACUUCAGGCUGCAAAUCCGUAAGAACACUGCUGCUCAGACUGGAGACAGUCCUCCUGUCCUCGCGAGUCAAGCCUCCUGAGCUGAACUGCGUUUACCACUACAGUACUACCGGAAUGAUACCGGAAGUAAAAGCACCAAUUUUAUCUUGCUGCGGUAACGCCCCUGGUUUUUACGACAUUGUUAAAAAAAAACUGACCGUUCCACUGUUGACAGACACGACUAAACUCUGGGAUAUUUACAUUUGUGCGAAAUGGCCUUUCAAACUUUAACACACGCUUUAGUAAACACGCUGGAGGAACUGGAGCAGAGUAGUUUCGGGAAGUUCUGCUACCAACUGCUACAGCACAGUGAUCCACCGCAGGUUCCUUACAGCGUCCUGGUGGAGUGGGAUCCCGUACAGGUCACAGAGCUGCUGAUUUCAACCUACUGCUAUAAUGGUGCUCUGCCUGAGACUGUGGACAUAUUAAGGCAGAUAGGCUGUGGGGACAAGGCGCACAGACUCGUGGAGCUCUUUGUCGAUAGACACAGAGAUUGGCUGAUCCAUAGAGUGACCAAAGUUGAACCAGUUUUGGAUGAGCUCCUUAUCCAGGGCGUUAUUCAGCAAGAAAGUUAUGAUAAUAUCAGAGCCCUCCCAACCUCUGAGGAUAAGAUGAGGAAGCUCUUUGAUUGCCUACUGACAGCUGGGGGAGGCACAGGCAAAGACAUCUUCUACAACACCCUUGAGAAACUGGAGCCAGAUCUUAUCAGUUGCAUCAAGACAGCAAGAAUAAGGAACCAGGGACCGGAGAUUGGGACUUCUGACCCCCAUGUAGGUUUAAGAAAUCCCGUGGUGAAAUUUCAGAGGGUGAAAGUCAUUACCGUGAAAUCACCAAUGGCAUUUGGGAGUGAAGUAUUUACUGAGGGUGACUGGAUUAAAGUUGACCCUGAAGUGAACUGUGUGGAUGCAGAGGAUGCUCCACCUUACAGCCUACAGUCUGAAGCAGGUAAAUUCGAAUGCAGCAUCUCUGGUCUGCGCUGGGUUUGUAAAGAAAAGGUCUGCUUCAAGUACCACUUUGGCUUCUGGGAGGAACACAUGGGGAGACUGGAAACCAUGAAAUACAUCCCUGGAGGUCCCCUACUGGACAUCACAGUCAUUUCUGGAAAGUUAGAUGAAGUGUAUCUGCCACACUGGAUCUGCACAGAUGACAGCCCUACAAUUUUAGACAAGUUCGCAGUCCUACACAUGGAUGACUGUGGAGAUGUUGUGGAAAAACCGUCUGAGGUCACACCAACCCAUGUCAAGAUACUCCAACCAGUUUUCUCUCCACGAGGAGUCCUGAUGAGAGUGGGCUUUCCAGUGAAAAUCAACUGUAAAGUGUUAAUAUACAAGACCAACAAAGCAUUCCUCACACUGCAUGUUUAUUUGAUCCCUCGUGAUCCUGCUCUACAACAGACGAUAAAAAACAGGGCGUUAUCCAGUGGAUACAAAUCGAUCCCAAAGCCGUACCCAGAGAAGUCUCUGAAAAUGCACGACCGUUUCAUCCUUACAGCUGAUGUGGACAGUGCAGAAGUUUACCCUGAGAAAUUAAAACUCAUAUAUGACAGCAGGGACCCAAAUUUCUAUGAAGUGUUUGUUGAAAAUCCAGACAGUAACUUCAAGCUUACACUGAAAAAUGAAUCUGGACCAGUGUGGACACGUGCAAUUCGAAGAGAUGACUAUCUAAACACUGAUGUUUCAAAGGUGGCAUAUGAUACAGAGCUUUCCAGAGUGAGGUUUGGAUUUGCACAGAGGGUCUCCAGAGAAGUUAUUAAUCAGCUGCUAGAUGACCUUUCAGAGGAUGGUGUCUUGAAUGAUGAGGAGAGAGAGUCAAUAGCUCAAAGGAACAAUACCAGGGCAGACAGGGCACGCUGCCUCAUUGAGACAGUGAGGAGGAAAGGAUGUGAAGCCAGCAGGAAGAUGAUUUCUCACCUUCAAAGCAGAGACCAAACACUUUCCACUGAGCUGGGGCUGCUCUCUGGCCGACCUGUUUAACCAGGUAAGGUCUGUUUCUGCAGAGCUAGAGGGACAUUUACUCUGCUUUUUGCUUGACUUGAAGUAUUUGAAGUGUAGUGCAGAGGGAAAUAUAACUUUGAACAGUUUUUGAACAGUGGAGUAUUGUGGACAGAGAAAAUGAAGAAUCAAGACAUUUCUAAUUCACUAUUCAAUGCCUAAUUCAUCUAAAUUAACUGGUACUACUACUACUACAUAUAAUGUUGGUUUUACUACAAGGACCAAAGUGCAUUCAUAAAAAACACUUGUCUUAAAGAAAAUAAUAGUAGACAAAGCUAACAUAUUGGAACAUGGUAGAUUAUUUUCUAGGACUCACAAAUAUUCAUUAACUUUUAUGAAAGUGAUUUUCCAAAAUUAAAAAUACUAAUUUGUUGUUGGUUCAAUAUUUCUGUAAGUUUACGUUAUAUACUGUAUAUCUGAGCAAUGUCCUUGUAUAUUUUUUUAUGAUUUGUAGCAUUUACUUGUAAUACAGUUUUUUGCAAUAAUAUAUUGUGUUGUAUUGUAAUAUUUUGUAAGCAGAUUUCAUCACAAUUUUGUUUUAGUUUUUUCCUCUUGUAAUUCCUGAUAGUAUUUUUUAAAUCUCCUCUGGUAUUACCAUGAGAUUCCAAAUAUUUAUUUUUCUUUGUUACAGUAUACUUAAUAUGCAUCGUAGAGGUUUAUGCUAAUAAACACCAAAAGUUGCUUCUUGUUAA